CGUCAAGUUCAUGGGCGAUUGUGUAACGUGCCAGCACUUCUAACUGGCCCAAAUGCCAGGGGUUUAUGGCGAGCAGCACUUACAUGACAAAUCAUGAGUUUGAUGACGAUUAUCAAGUUUGGGUACAGUCUGGUGGUGGUUACGCUGCUGUUGAUGAUAUGGGCGUCACUGGCGAGAGCUUUAGACUUACACGUGGACCCUGGACAUCCGCCAUGCCUUUUCCAAGCGCUAUGUACGUGUUCCAAGCCAGCUGGAGACCUGGGCAUCGUGACCUGCAACCAAGUGCCUAUAUACAAGGUUCCAGCUACAGUGAACAGUUCGAAAGUAUUCAUGUUACAACUUACAGGGAACAACAUUAGGGAUUUGGAACCACAGUUCUUUCAAGCUACAGGGCUGUACAGACUAGCAAUAAACCAGAACCCUCUAGAGACAAUCCAUGAAGAAGCAUUUCACGGUCUAGAAAACACAUUAUGGGAACUAGAACUGAAGGAAGAUAAACUAACGGCUGUGCCGAGCAGAUCGCUGAGAUUCUUGCAGAAGUUACGACAGCUUGAUUUAUCAGGUAAUGAAAUAACAGAAAUAUCAGGCGAAAAUUGGAGAGGUUUACAAGAUACAUUGCAUACGUUAAUUCUGGCGGACAAUUCAAUAGCAACCCUUCCAUUGGAUACUUUUUCUGGUCUACCAAUGCUGGAAACUUUAGACCUUCAUGGAAACCAUCUAACAGUCAUCGACAGCGGAGUCUUUCGAGAUGGAAUGGGCAGACUUAAUAAGCUACUUCUAAGCGACAACCAGCUGUCGUUCAUCCCGUAUGAGGAGAUCUCUCCACUGCGCCAACUGAGGAUCCUGGAUCUCGCGAACAACAUCAUUAAACAAGUACCCCCAGCACAUGAGAUGAACAGUGUCAGGUUAUCAUUAGACACUUUAAAAUUGGACAACAAUUUAAUAAACACACUACUUCCCGGUUCAUUCAAAUACUUCAACGUUUUGAACACCACGUCACUAGACAGGAAUCCCAUUUAUAUUAUACGGGAAGAUGCAUUCCGCAAUGCUAAAAUCAAAACACUCUCACUACGAGACUGCGCUAUUUGGGACUUAUCGCCUGCAUCAUUUGCUGGACUCGAGAACAGCUUGCAGAGUCUAGAUCUGUCGGAGAACAACUUGACAAUGAUAUCCAAGUUCAUGUUGAACAAGUUAGAUUCACUGAGAUUCUUAAACCUUAGGGAGAACAAGGUGGAUAUCAAUUUGUUGUCAACAAAUAUUCCUUCAGAAUACGGCCAGUUGUCUUUCAAUAAUUUUCAGUACAGAUUAUUUAAUUUGGACAUAAGCGGAUCCACUUCUAUUGAGAUGAGCUUACAGGAUAUAAGAAGAAUGAGGUCCCUCCGAUCAGUAUCAGUAGGGAAACUUAUCAGACGUAACCUAAGAGCUGAAGAUUUCCAAGAGUUCGGAGUAGAGUUGGAGGAUCUGAAAAUCUUUGGCAGCAAUAUCAACAAAAUUGAAUCCAGUGCAUUCCAACACGUUAGGACAAUUAAGACAUUGGAUCUGUCUGAGAACGACAUAGAUUUUAUAGACCCAUUUGCUUUUGCUGAGUUACAUAGUUUAACGACUCUGAAAUUGGCAAAUGGUUUGGCAGAAUCCGUGAAAAUACUCCCGUUCGAGCCUCUAAAAGCAUUGAUUGAGCUACAACACUUGGACUUCAGUAACAACAAACUGAAGAAUGUUCCAGAUACGUCGUUUCAUUUCUUGUAUAAAUUGAAGUCAUUGAAUUUACAAGACAAUGCUAUUGAUCAUUUCUCCAAAGGAACUUUACAAGGUGAUAUCCACGGAAAGCUAGAAAAAAUAUGCCUAUCUUUGAAUCAAUUGAAUCAGAUUGUUCAACAUACUUUCGUUGACUUAAAGGAAUUACAAGAGAUUCUAAUAGAAGAUAAUUUGGUAGAUAUUAUUCAUAGGCGAGCAUUCACUGGUCUUGAUAAUUUGAAAAUAAUACGAUUAAGAGGUAAUCGGAUUUUCCAAAUUAGUGAGGAAGCAUUCCAGAAUAUUCCAGCGCUUAAAGAGUUGGAUGUAUCGUUCAACCGUCUCGAUAACUUCAAGUUCUCUAUAUUUGAUCAAGUUGGUUCAGCAACGUCUCUAAAAGUCAAUGCAUCUUACAACAGAAUCAUUGCUUUAACAGAUUCUAAUGCACCUAGUUUCUUCAGCAACAACUUUUUUAUACCCAAAGCACAGAGUCUUGGAACAGUAUCAGUCAAUAUAAGGGUGUUGGACUUCUCACAUAACAAUAUUACAUAUAUAGCUCCCUAUUACUUCAGACAUGUGGACUUAACGCUAUCGGAACUUUAUCUCUCUCACAAUUUAUUAAGAAACAUAACCAGGGAAGUGUUCGGAUCGAUGAUGAUGCUGCAAUACCUUGAUCUGUCGCACAAUUAUAUAUACCAUUUGGAGUUCGAUUGUUUCGCGAGAGUUAAAUCUUUACAGUUUUUAGACCUCUCUCAUAAUUAUAUAUCGGAGAUGCCGGUAGAGAUAUUCCAUGACAUGCAGUCUUUAACGUCACUCGAUUUAUCAAACAAUCGAGUGAGAAACUUGGUUGACAACUUAGUUAUAUCACCACUACUUGAGAGAUUGGAUUUAUCCGAUAAUUAUUUAUCAAGGGUCCCAACUAACGCCUUAUCACCUGCAGCGGCAGCAAAUUUAGUUGAAUUUGACUUAAGUGGUAACACCAUACCUGCUAUUGGAUUGUCAGACUUAGUACAAAGAUAUAGGAGCCCAGACCAGGGCGAAUACUGGCCAGAAGAACCCGACUACAGCGACGAGUACAUGUACCACACCGCUAGGAGAGAUCACACCAGAGUUUUCCACCAAAAAAAGCAAUACCCGCAGAAUAUACUAUACAAGUCAUUAGCGUGGUUAGAUCUAUCAAAUAAUCACUUGGUACGCGUUGAGACUGGAUCGUUUGCUGCAUUGCCAAGACUUCGCUGGUUGGACUUAAGCAACAAUUCGCCAUUCAACGGCGGCGAUAAGGGAAACAAUGUCUUUAAAGGACUGGAAAGGAGACUUUUGCAUUUAGGACUGAAGAAUGUUAGCUUGCUAUCUGUGCCUUUGAUGCCUCUAACAAAGUUGAAGAGUCUGGACCUGUCAUAUAAUAAUUUGCCAUCAAUCCCGCCGGAUUCCACCGCUAAUCUCACACGUCUAAGAGUUCUGGAUCUUUCCUACAACGACUUCACUACUGUUCCAGUGGCAACACAUUCUCUCACUGACCUGCGAUGGCUCUCAUUAUCCGGAAAUCCUAUUACGGCACUGAUGAACACCAGCUUGUAUGGAAUAUCACAACGACUUGAAUAUCUGGAUGUCACUAAACUUCGUGUGAGAAUUCUUGAGCAUGGUGUCUUCAGCAAAAUGUAUGGAUUAAGGACCCUAAAAAUCACCGCAUUCUCAACAGUUAGAGAAUUCAAUGUGCCAAGAAUGCUAAGUUACAAUGCAGCAUUGGAGAAUCUACUAAUAGAUAUUGACUACGGUGGUGUGGAAUUUGGAAGGGAACUGCAAGCCCAAUUGCCAUGCAAACUGAACAACAUUACUAUAACUGGUCGUGCACUUCAGUAUUUGUCACCAUAUCUGUUACUUGGUGUUCAUGCAAAGCAUCUUAGAUUAACCGUGUUCAAUACGAGUAUAGAAGAGAUUACCAGUGAAGUGUUCUUUAGUCCGGGCCGUGUUAGAAGACUCACGUUAGACGUCAGAUCCAAUUAUUUGACCAAAGUCGCAAAUCCUACACAGAGGGCGUGGCCUGGAGCAAAUGGUUUAUUCUUAGAAGAUAUUCUUGUCGCUGGCAAUCCUUUGGUAUGCGACUGUGGCAUAGGGUGGAUAGAACCUUGGGACCGGAAGAGAAGACAGUACAUUUGCAGCAGUCCAUUCAAUUGCGUCGCGACGCGAGAUGACGUCAGAUUAGCGACGUGUCCGUAUUAUGAUAACAGAACUCUUAAUGAUGUUUUAAUACGAGAUCUAGACUGCAGUUGGAAUCGAGGAUUCUUAAGUUCACCAAAUAUGUUAAUAAUUUUAGGAAUGACCGUUUUAACGUGCCUAUACAUUUGAGGAUUGUUUUGGCUACUUGGGGUAUAUGAGGAAUUCCAUCUAAUAUUGGCAAGAGUAUACAAUUUUUAAGGUCUUUAUCAGCUUGAUAAGACUAAAUGUUUUACAUAUUGAAUGGUGGGAGAAAUACUAAUUGGUAUAUAAAAUUCAGGAUGCUGUUCAAUUGAUAAUGAUAUGUACCUAAGAGAAAGAUUAAAAAUCUUAUAUGACCAAAUGUCGAAGAAAAGUUGCAGGAGAGACACAAAAUUUAUCCAAGAGUAUGUGGCUUUAAACUACGUAUUUGAAAGUGUUGGGGUAUUUCUGAAUGGCAAAAUCAUAAUCAGUGAUAGAACAAUUAUGCCCAAAGGCCAAAUGUGUAGUUACGUGGAGCUUUUAUGAAGGACUAUUAGAAGUGACUUUAAUAUUAAGAGAUUGCAUAGAAAUCUAGUGAAGCCUAUUAAAAUGUGAUUUAUCGUUUUAACUGAAAAGCAGAAUCGUGAUCUCAAGGGAUUGAAUCAGGAGUUGUUACCGUUUAUAUUAUUAUUAUAUUACUGUACCUAUGCACAUUGUGUUUACCCAAAUAUGAGUUUGCGUGUUUUGGAUAUAUUCAAUUUCAGCGUUUCACGCAUUUCGUGCACUGCCUUACAAGUGGACUUUAUUCGUUAAUGAUCAAAGGUAUUAAGAUUAUGUCUAGCUAUUUAUGUGUUCUGAGAUUGGCGAUUUUUCGAAAAUUAAUAUUAAUAACUAUGUGUGGAAGUGCACUUAAUGUGUUUUAGAAAUUGCAUUUACGUCGAUUUAUAAGAUAAGUUCACAAGAAAGCAAUGACUUAAUUACGAUCGUCUAAGUAGACUGCAUUCGCUCGAAUGAUAUGUGUUCGUCCAUUAUUAAGAGUAAUGAUAUUAUUUAUAGGUGUAUUCGUUUGUGUAAUAGAAGAUUUUAGCUGUAGUUUAAUAAGAUAAUUUCCAACAUUUUCUGUAUAAAGAACAUUAUUAGUUUGUUCAUCUUCUCAAUUCUUUUAUGGACCGAUUAAAUAUUUACAAAUAUACAUAGUUAAUAUAGCGAAAACACUUGAUGUACGUAACUUGUUCGAUAGUUUGAAUUUAUACAUCUAUGUACAAAAUAGAUUUUUCAAAAGCUCAUUGUUCACAUUUAUCAUAAUCAGAGCGACUAUCUUUAAAAAAAAGCUUAAUUCUAUACUCUAUAUUAGACUCUAAUAUUUUCAUUGUUUAGCUGUUUUCAAAUUCUAUCUGGUUAACUUGUUGGAUAAACAUAUUUUAUUACAUAUGUCUAUAAAUGUGUCAGUAGCUAUUAUAUUAUAUACAUAGCAUGCUGUAAAAUAUAUAUAUUUUACAUGCUUAUUAAUAAAGUGGACUAACUCCAAAAUUUCAAAUUAUGUGAAAUCGGCUUUAAUCUUUAAUUUUAAAGAUGAUUUUCCAAAAUCUAUAAUUUUUGGGUUAUUGCAUUUUAGUAUUAAGUUUGCUAUAUGUCAUCGUAAGUUUAAUAGGAUUUUAUCGACUGAAUUUAAGUGUUUCAGGCUAUAUCGCUGAUAAUAUUGGUAAGAAACGUUGUUUGUAUUGUAUGAUGUCUGAUGUGGCUUAUUUUAUUAUAUACUUUACAUACGGUUUGCUUUAUAAUAUCGUUUUAUUAAUAUACUUUAUAAUAUUGUUUCUGUGUUACUCAAGUAUUAGAAUAUUGAAAUUUAAUAAGUAUAAAAUUUAUUUACUCUGUCUAUGAAUGUUAUCUCUAUACGUUUUACAAUUAAAUGAAUACCUCUUCUACAGUGGUCCAGAUCGAUGUGGUUUCAGGCCUAAUAGAUAAUUUUUGUUUUCAACGCCAUUGAAAAGAAAAUUGUUAUUUAAAUACUAAUAUUAAUACACUAGUUUUAUUACUUUGUAUAUAGAACAGUUCACUGAAAUUAAAUAUAUUUCUGGUUAGAAACAAAAAAACUGAAUUUAUUACUAAUUAAUAAGCAAUUAAGUAGAUGAUAUUUAUUUUAAAUUUAUUAAAUUUUAUUUUCGGGUUUUAAUUAGGCGAUUUCACACUCGUAGUAACUACGUACCUGAGUGAAAUUUAAAUAGGUAUAUGUAGUGUCUGAAGCAAUGGUGUUGAAAACAAAAUUAUAUUGUUGCAACAAUGAAUAUAUUUUGUGAUAUAUAUAUAUAUUACUCUAAACCUUCUAUUUUUGAUAAAGCCUACAAGUAAAUAUAGCAAAACUGUACGGGAUUGGUGUAGCGGACAAAAAUACAUAUAUUACUAAUGCUUACUGCUUCUGUUCCUACAUAAUAUAAAUUAAACUAAAACUAGAUAUUCUAGGGAAACAAGUACAUAGAGAUCAGAUAAAUUUUACUUCAUUAACUUUUUAUUAAUCAAUGUUGAUUGCUCGCUUAUAGGUAAAAAUAAUUUACGAAUGAUUAUAUGAAUGAAUGAUGACGUAAGGUUUCAUUCACUCAUAAAUUAUUGUAGUAGCUUACUACCGGUUUUGUAGAUGGUCAAAACAAGCCGCAAGUAAACGACAAUCCAGAGGUAACACAUUCUCAUUACAGAAAAAUCGCUUUUAUAUCAUAAUAAUGUCAAUUGCGAAAAUGAACAUCAAUAGCGAAUAAAUUUAAAAUUAAAAUAAUAGGUAGUUUCCUAUAAAUAAUUUUCUCUAGAACUGUUAUUAUUGAUUAGAGCUUACUAUUUUCAAUAGUCACUAAUUGUAUAAGGAACAAAUCAAAGAAAUAAAUAUUCUAUUUUCUAUGCAGUAGAGAUAAAUUUACGCUAUCUUUUAUUUACUGUAAGGAUGUUCGUCGAAUAGUAUUACUACAUCGCUUGUUAAAAUUAAUUAUUCUUGGCCUAUGUUAUCGAACGAUUCUCUGCAAGGUCCCAAUGUGAUAGACAUAGUUAGUGCCAAUAAAUUUAUAAUAGUAUAGAAAACAUUGAUAUAUUAUGUACUAUUAACGUACUCGAGAAUGUAUAUAUAGACAUCACGCGCCAUACAUAGUAUAGUACGAUAUAAGUGCGUUAUGAUGGUUAAAACAGACAAGGCGGAGACGAGGGCGUAAUAGAGCCCAGUGUGUUAACGCACGUAUAUCUUACUUUUUUCAACAAACUUGAUUUUAUAUAAACAGAACCAUAAUACACCAAUGCACACUGGUGCUUUCCCGCAGCUAUGGCAGGGGUAAAUUCAAAAUUGGAUAAAAAGUAGCAAAUAUAAGUUCACUAUUUGCAUUUAUAAUACAAGAGU